AUGGCCUUCUUCUUCCUCUCACUACUGCAACUAUCUCUCGCCUACGAACAUCGUACGGAAUCAGAAAACCGAAUCAUUGUCAUCAUCACAAGCAUGUGUACGUCGUAUGAUCCUCGUGUCUAUGACAUCCUGUCGCGCUGGUCGUUUGAUCCCGCGAAGGAUGCAUCUACUUCUUCUUCUCUGCAAGACCAAUCCCUGAUGACCGGAGCAACAGCAUUGAGCGGCGAUUUGCCCCAGUACUCCGAGGCGACCAAGACUGGAUACAAUCAAGCCUACCGUCCAUUUUCAUCUGUCGUAAAUAAGUCGCCUAUCCUUGAAAAAGAUUGGCCCGGAAAGGAUGUCAGAACAAUUCCGUCUGGCUCGACUCCCAAGAAGUCUGCUACCACCAAUCAAGAAGCUUCCUUCGACGUAUCUUCCCUGGAGUGGCCGUCUCCCCCCACCAACCUCGAAGUCUUUCGUGUCAUCGGCUAUCGUACAAUUUUUGGUCGAGGGUACGAUGAAAAGAAUGAGUUUUGGGUCAAUUGGAAGGGAUACCCUGCGUCUGAAGGAACAUGGAUGAAGGAAAGCCUCGUUCGGCAGAUUGCGCCCCUGCAAGUUGCGGAGUUCAAUCGUGAACGACGGUUAUCUUGCCAUAGAGGCAUCUAUGGAGAGAUGUUUACCAGGAAGAAAGCUCCAUGUUGCGAUGGAAAAAGUACUAGUUUGUGUGAAGGGUGUAUAGUUUGUGGAAGAGGAUGUCACUGA